AUGUUGAACUUGAAGUCAAAACUUUCGACGAGCCCUGAAGCUUCAAAAAGUUCAAGAAUUUCAAUUAGAGACAAACUUCUACUUAGAGAAGUGCAAGAGAUGGAGCAGUACCUACCUAAGACGUGCACCUCAAACUUCGAGGACCCUAACAUACUGCACGAUUUCACGAUCACAAUCUGUCCAGACGAAGGUUUUUGGUUAGGAGGGCAUUUCAGGUUUCACAUCGACGUUCCUGAAGAUUAUAACAUCGUGCCUCCAAAAGUACAUUGCAAAACGAGAAUAUGGCACCCAAACAUAUCAGAAGGCGGAGAGGUGUGCUUGUCGUUGCUCAGGCAGAACUCUCUAGAUAGUUUAGGUUGGGCCCCAACAAGAACGCUGAAAGACGUGGUCUGGGGACUAAACUCCCUAUUCACUGAUCUCUUGAACUUUGAAGACCCUCUCAAUGUUGACGCAGCAGAUCAUUACAAAAGAAACUCUGACGAUUUCAAAGCUAAGGUCACUGACUUCAUACUGAGAUAUGCAAAACGAUGA